AUGAGCUGUCCGCUGGGCCUGGCCUACGACGAGCUGACGGGCACUUGCAACUGGCCGGACAUGGUGGAGGGCUGUCGGAGCGAGGAGAUGCUCCGCUUCACCUGUCCCGACCCCUACGAGAAUGACAUCCUCGACUACGGCGACCCCCGCUACCCCACCAGCGACUGUCGCAAGUUCGUCGUCUGCGUCCUCACCGACCUCUACGGCAGUCGCACGCCCCGGCUGCUCGGCUGCGAGGAGGGGCUGGUCUUCAACCCGAUCACCAAGGCCUGCGACUACCCGGAGAAUGUGCCCUCUUGUGCCAACUACUACGACUCCAAUCCGGCGGCCUUGGCCUCCAACCGCUACCGACGAGCGCAGGUGUCACUGCCGAAGAAGCGACGAAGUCGACACUGA